UGAAGGAAGUGGAGAUCUCCACCCUCCAGCCUCCCCCUGACACUUCUCAUAAAUAUUACCAAGGCUUAUUUGGGGAACUCGCACCAGAAAGUCACAUCGUGUCCUGGUUUUAACAAGCUUUCACCAGUCUUCGUUUCCGAAAUUUGACUUUUUCUUUUCCUUCACUGCUUUGGCACCAUCGGAUGCGCUCUCAGCUGCGUUUCACCAACUCCAACUUUAUGCACCGGCUGUUGCGCCCCGAGCAGGAGGGCUGCUGGAGCCGUUAAGCGGUUUGUGUCCCCAGUGUCCCGGGGCUGUGGUCCUGCUCUCUGCACCAGGACUCAACCUGCGUCUGUCCUGAAGGAAAAAGUUUAUUCUGUAUAAUGUAUCACCGUGCGUCUUGAUUCGUGGUCGUCGAUCGGGGAAGGCUGUCAAAGUGUGCAACGCGGGACGCUGACUUGUCGAUCUCAAAGCUGUUGGUGAAAAAUCAAGAAGAGUGGUGCCGUUUCCCGAAUUGUGUUGAUUUGCGGGAAAGAGCCAGAAGAGACGGGAUUUUGUUUGAUUCUGUACUGUAUUAUUAAGUCGACUAUCCAUGAUGAGCAAACCAGCAGGAUCAACAAGUGGCUGUUUGGAUAUUCUGAAUGUCAAAUCCAGUCGGAUUCUGGACAUCCCCUGCAAAGUGUGCGGGGACCGCAGCUCAGGGAAGCACUAUGGUGUUUACGCUUGUGACGGCUGCUCCGGAUUCUUCAAAAGGAGCAUCCGGAGAAACAGAACCUACGUCUGUAAAUCUGGCUCUCAGGGUGGCUGUCCCGUAGACAAAACUCACAGAAACCAGUGUCGAGCGUGUCGUUUGAAAAAGUGUCUGGAAGUGAACAUGAAUAAAGACGCCGUUCAGCACGAGAGGGGGCCCCGGACGUCCACCAUCCGCAAACAGGUCGCCCUAUAUUUCCGAGGCCACAAAGAGGUGAAUGGAUCAUCAACCCAUUUCCCGGGAUCCUCUCUGCCUGGCCCGCCCUUUUUCACCACGGUCACGCAACUGGAGCCACACAACCUGGAGAUGGGCACCGUGGCCACGACACCAGAGAGACAGGCCAUAGUGGGUCUGGCACAGCCCACACCUAAGUAUCCUCAUGAGGUCAGCGGCACCCCCAUGUACCUGUACGAGGUCGCCACGGAGUCUGUGUGCGAGUCAGCUGCGCGCCUCCUAUUCAUGAGCAUCAAGUGGGCAAAAAGUGUGCCCGCAUUCUCCACACUCCCCUUAUCUGACCAGCUGAUUCUGUUGGAGGACGCUUGGAGGGAACUCUUUGUUCUGGGCAUUGCGCAGUGGGCCAUCCCUGUGGACUCCACUACACUGCUGGCGGUUUCUGGGAUGAACACUGAAAACACAGAGAGUCAGCGAAUGAAUAAGAUCAUGUCAGAGAUACAAGCUCUGCAAGAGGUGGUCACCCGAUUCAGGCAGAUGCGUCUUGACGCAACAGAGUUCGCCUGUUUGAAAUGCAUCGUGACAUUCAAGGCUGUUCCCACGCAUGGAGGCUCUGAGUUAAGAAGUUUCCGCAACGCAAGCGCCAUAGCUGCGCUACAAGACGAGGCGCAGCUGACUCUCAACAGUUACAUACACACAAGGUACCCCACCCAGCCCUGUCGCUUCGGGAAGCUGCUCCUGCUCCUGCCGGCGCUCCGCUCCGUCACCCCGUCCACCAUAGAGGAGGUGUUCUUCAAAAAGACCAUCGGCAACGUUCCCAUCACCAGACUCCUCUCUGACAUGUACAAGUCCAGCGAUAUAUGAAUCCUGGCCAUUUCCUGAGCCAAUGAAAAAAGACUUGAGCUGAAGAGACCCGGACACCCCACCCCAUCCUGCAGGGGACAGUGUCAGAUCAUAGCAGUUGGACCGCUGGGGUGGGUUUAUUUUGCUAAGCACAGAAUCUCUUAGGCUACGUUAAAGGUUAAAGGAAACAGCCUAUUUAGGGUCUAUUGAAAAAACGACUGCAAGACGGCUGUAAUUCACCGAGUAGCCUGUUAACAGUCGCUCUAGUGAAGAUUAGCUUGUAACUUUCAGUAUAGAAUUGCUUGUACGAUACUGAAAAAAAUGCAAUCUCUGAUGUAGGCGCAGACAGCCUGCAAUGUUAAAUAUAGCCUAAAGACUCUGUAGGGCUCCCGCCGACUAUGUUUGACAAAGAAAUGUUAUAUAUUAAAUUUUUCGAGUGUCUGUGAGACCAAUGAUCUUGAUCAAUUCAAUCUUUAUUGCUGUAUUCAAUCUCAAUGGAGGAAACCAAAAAGAAGACGCAUGCGUAAUGGGGGAAGUGAGUCGCUGUCCCUCGAUGUGGUGCUGAAACCAAACGCACGGGGCAAACGAAGAAGUGCAACUUUAUGAAUAAUUGGGGCGAAAAGAAAAAACAGACUUUUAAAGGAUGAGACUGAACUGCCUCCUGACUGUACAACUACAUUCAUCUGAUGGUGUUUGUAUUUAAGUGGUUAACGUCCUGUUUGUGUUGGUGUGUCCUGUUUGAGGCACAGCAAAAAAAAAAAAAAAAAGUUUAGGUCGACUUUGUAAAGUUAGACACUAACACUGGAUAAAACAAUAUUCAGCACUUGGAACUGUGUUUGUUGCCUGUGAUGUUUUUUUUUUUUUUUUAAUUUUGCUGUGAUUACUUGGAAUUAUAACUAUUUAGAGUUGUAACCAAGGAAUAAAAAACACUGAACUAAACUGUAUCCACAUAGUCCGGAUAGAAAAUUACUUUUACAUACCAUUCCAAAUAAUGAGAAUGUUUUCCUCAACUCUAAUUUGUUGAUUAAAUUAAUUAACAUUU